GCACAGUGAGGCGAAGCGAAGCGAGCGAGCCAGAGGCAAAGGCGAAGAGGAAGGUAAAGCGAGGCGUGGCUCUGUCGGAGGAGCGGUACGGCCCUGGGAGGCGGUGGUGAGGCCUCGCGGAGGAGCAGCGACGACAAGGAGGUGCACGGCACGGGCCAGACAAACAGACUGGCACUGGCAUCGCGGGAGUCGGCGGCAGUAGUCAUCGUUGGUCACCGAAUCGGUCUCGAGAAUCACAGCCGUGUGCGCGUUUCGCGAACAUGCGUCCCGUGUAUCCUUUAAAUUGCUUCGCGGACCAAGUGCGCGCUGUUACGUACCUUUUUGCCGAUCCUCGAUCGCAGUAGUGAGGGGGAAUCAAGAACGAACACGAUCGAGAGCGGAUCGAGUUCGAUCGAUUGACACUAACGCUCGGCGAGUACUCUCGCGUGUGGGAUACUUUGGAAACAGCGAGAAACGAAAAAAAGUCGAUCGGUGUAUCGAGACUGAUAGGGAAAUUAUCGUGGAGCGAUCAACUACAACAAACGGACGAAUGAAUAUGUCGUUUAUAUAUUGUUGCGUUGAUUGAAAUUUAUCAGUGGAGUACGCUAGGACCGAGUGGUCAAAAAAAACGGAAAAAAGAAGAAGAAAAUACUGGUACUAAGUAACGGUAAACGGGAAGAAGAAAGGAAAGAUAAGCAAAAAAAAAAAAAAAAAAAAAAAAAAAAGAAAAAAGUUUGAAAGGUACUCGGUAAGUUGGAAGUUGGCAUCAUAGUCACUCGUUGAGACGAUACAAGACGGUAGAAGAGAGUGUGUCUUGGCGCGUUGUCAUCGCAUAGCGAUUCCGGAGCGGACGAUCAAGAUUGAUCGAUUCUGCGGCAUCUGGAUCGUGACUCGCGAUCGCCUCGGCGAUCCCGCUCGGCGUCCACGUUGGUGGCUCGAUAGGAACGACGACGACGACGACGACGUCGUCGCCGUGCGAACGCCGUCGUAGGAGGAGGGGGAGGCGGUGGCGUAGAGGAAGGUGGUGCUGGUGGAGGUGGUGGUGGAAGCGACGGGAGGUAGAAUGGUGCUUUCCGGCCCGUGUCGGUCUCGAGCGGAAAGACGCGUUGAGAUGUCGCCGCGCCGUCUCGCGCCCCUGCUGAUCCUUGGCACGAUCCUCGCCGGGCUGACGAGCACCGCCGCCGCGGAAAGGAUGAGUGGCCUCUAUGUCGACAACGGUUUCGACCAGACGAUUGUCCAUAGAGUGAUCAGCCAACGCGAGAAACGCGAGGUCGAGCACGAGAUAUUGAAUCUUCUUGGAUUGCCGGAUCGGCCGAAAAACACGGCCGCUAGGCCGCCGCAGGUCAAGAGGUCGGCGCCCAAGUUCCUCUUGGACAUAUACAAGAACGCUCUCGGCGAGGACGAAGAUGAGAAGCCGAUCGGCGAGCAGCAACGUAGGGCCGGCGAGUUCGACCUCACCGGUCAGGAUUUCAGGGCCAUCGACCAGAGCGACGUCAUCAUGACCUUUGCCGCGCGCAAUCAUCAUGUUCCCGGAGUGAGGCAUGAGCGCGGCAAAAGGCUAUGGUUUGACGUUUCCGAGGUACCACCCGGGGAACACAUAAUCAGUGCGGAGCUUAGGCUCUAUCGCAGCAUGGAUGUGAAAAAUUGGAGAAAAAAUGGAUCGUACAUGAUUACGGCUUAUCGGGUCUUGAAAACCGAGAAUGGGACAAGAGAGUUACAAUACGUAGACGCAGUUAAUACGACGGCAGGAAAAGAAGGAUGGUUGACAUUAAAUGUUAGUGAAGCUCUCGAUCAUUGGGUGAAUAAUCCUGAUGGAAACAAGGGAUUGUAUCUGUCAGUACAUCCCGCAGAUCGAUCUGUACACGAAGUGAGACCAGAAGACGUUGGGAUUGUCGGGUUCAGGGGUAAUCCUGACAAGCAGCCCUUCAUGGUGGGUUACUUUAAGAGUUCUGGCAUCAGAGAGUCGAAAGUACGACAGAAACGUGAUGCCAGGAGAAAAAAGAAGAGCGAGUCGUCGAGUUUGGAUUAUCGAAAUAACCCGUACACCGAUCCAGGCGUGCAGUACAACUCGAGGACUUGCAAAAUUCAAACAUUGUACGUGAGCUUCAGGGAUCUAAAGUGGCAGGACUGGAUCAUAGCACCGGACGGAUACGACGCAUAUUAUUGCAGCGGUGAAUGCAAUUUUCCUUUGAACGCUCAUAUGAACGCGACGAAUCAUGCGAUCGUCCAAACGUUGGUGCAUCUGGUCAGCCCUGGUAAGGUACCAAAGCCUUGCUGUGCACCCACCAAGCUCUCGCCGAUCUCCGUGCUGUAUUUCCUCGACGAAAGCAAUGUUAUACUGAAGAAGUACAAAAACAUGGUCGUCAAGAGCUGCGGUUGCCAUUGAUCGUCCGGGAUUAGCAAGAUGUGUACAAUGUGUACGGACAGCGCGUUCGAACUGACGAUGAAUCGAACGCAAAUCAGAUUACAUAGCUGAAUUUUGCGAGUAAAAUCAAUUGACGAAUCGUUAAUUCGAUCGAUGGAGGGAUCGAGUCGAGUACCUAAUGUUGUGGGAUCAUUUUUAUUUCUUUCCUUACUUCUCUACUUGUUCGUGUGUGCCAUCGAACAAUUUUUAUUUUAUUAGAAAAUUUACGAUUACUAGAAUAUGGAUGAAAAUUGUUCGUUAUAAUAUUAUAUCUUAUAUUAUUGUAUCAUUAUAAUUUACAUGCAUCUGUGCAUUUCGGACUUUCAAAUUUCCCAUAAUCAAAUACAUAGAAAUUCGCAGUCCAUUAAUAAAUAUUUAUUUGGUUUUAAAGUGUACACAGGCUUGCAAAUAUUGUAAUACGAAAUACAACAAUCUACAUAAUAUAAUAUCGACGUGCGCAGAUUACUCGAAUGUAUUGUUUUUUUGUAAGUCUGUGUAUAGAUAUCUAUAUUUUAUUUUUUAUUAACGAACGCUUGAAAAUAGACUUAGGCAUUUCUCUGAAGAUUUUGUAAAAUUCUAAGUAAGAAAUUGCAUAUUGCCUAAAACUAUAAUUUACAUUAUUUUUAAUCACAAUCAUACAUGUAAUAAUUUUGAUAUCUAUUUUAAGGUACAAAUUGAAAUACUUCUAGUAAGAGAAAGAUGUCUACAGAUUAAUGACUCAUUUCAAUUAUUUCUUUUUAAACUGUUGUCAAUAACGUUGUUUCUAUAUUUUUCCCUACAUUUAUAAAAUGUUACCUUUAUUAGAUAUUGCAUUUAAGUAUAAAAAUAAAGUAGCACGAUCGUUAUAUUGGAUCUCUUAUUCUUGAUAUGCAAUCUCUUAUUUGAGCUUUUAUAAAAAUCAAACGAAUAUGGCUAUGAUAAAUUGUUCGUUGACAGAUAAACGAAAAUUUACAUUUUUAAAAUUUUAUUACUAAAAAUGAAACAUAAUCGGGCAUAUUAUACAAGUGCAUGUUUAAAAUAAAAUCUUAUAAUCUGUUUGAUCGAUUUCUAACUUAAAAAUUGACGUGAAUUUUAAAUUCGCGAAGUAAUCAGCUGAUCAAAGUGCAAUUUGAUAUUCGAAUUAAACAAUUGUCACUCAAUUCGGCUCGAUUCUCAGUUCGAUUGGAUAAAAUAGAUUCCAGUGUCUGUUCGCUUGUGUUUGACAUAAACUGCAAACGCUUGAUCGAUGGCGGAUUUCAAGCGUCACAGAAAAUCAUCGGUCGUCUGGUGCCAAAUUUCGACUAGUAGAUAGUGUAAUUUCUCGAAACAAAUGCUUCUGUAUUAAUGAUCGUAAUAAUUUUCAUCGCCGGCAGAAGUAAAAGUGAAUAACUGAACGGAGACAAUCGAUUGACGAAUACGUGCAAUUCCGACACGUGAUUUUUAUCCGAUUUUAGUGGAUACAUUGUAAUAUAUAUAUAUGUACGUAACAAAUCGGGGUUAUUUAUCGAUACUCCGAAUCAUUUCUUUCUAUCUAUUCAUCUUUCUUUUCUCUUUCUUCCCUUUUUUUUUUAUUUUUCUUUUUCUUACUCAACUCAAAUAUUUUAUCUAACGUUCAAACGUACGGUCGGUUAAUAGAUCAUUUAGUGAUAUUAAUUUAAUGACUCGAAAAAUUUUAUAAUUUUUAAUGACUCGGUGUUACAGUGUGAGAAAAAAAUAAUAAAAGAGUAACGUCAUUAUUUGAAGAGUAUGUCAUAUACAUUUGAUCUGUCGUUGUUCUGUAUUCGAGAUUUUUGCGCUCGUCGAAAGUAUCUAUUAUACGUAAGCCGGCACAAAAAAGAAAAAGAUAUCCUUUCUUUUUCUUGUAAUUAGACUUAUUUAUGUUUGUAAGUAACGUGUCUGACCGAGAGAACAAGAGCACCGCGUGUAAUACUUGUAGCGAAUUCAUAUGUGUACAGGUUGUUUCAUAAGAUAGUAUGAAUCCAGCAAAUGACAGAUUUCUCGCUUAAAAAUGAAUUAAUUCUUCAAAUUCAUCAUCAGUCUGUUGAUUGUUGGCUUUCUAAUCGAGCAACAAUUGCGCUCAGCUGUCAAGAAUUAAUGACUUUCAACCGAAAAUCUCUCAUUUACGAAGUAUCGUUUACCGUAUGAAACAUUUUACAGAGUAGUCGGGUAAUUGUCACCUUAAUACUUUUGAAAAUUAUGGAGAAUAGAAAAGUAUUUAUGUAGCAAAGAUUGCAUGAUAUAAAAAGAUGCGACGACAUCAAGUAUUAUAGUAGAAUAUAACUCUAUAAUACACACAUACUCUAUGAUACCAAGAAUUUAUUCGUUAUUUAUUAGAAAGAUAGAAGAUUUUUUAAGGAUUGGAAAAUUAAUUUUAAUUAUUCGUAAAUUUAAAUUUUUAAGAAUUUUAAUGACUGUAUUGAUGAAAAGAGGAAUUUUACCCUCAACCAUAGCUCCAUUCUAAUUAACAAUAAUUCAUGUCAAGUUACUUAAUUUGAAAGUAUUUUCUUUUAAUUUGUAUUCUGCAUUUUAUGUGAUAAAAAUCACCAGCGAUAUUUCUUACGUAUAGGAUGCAAAUUAAAAUUAAAUACUUCAAAAUUAAGUAACCCAAUUCAAAUCUAAUUUAAACUAUUGUGAUCACCUAUGACUCAAUAGUACCAAUUGAAAAUUAAUAUAACAUUAAAUUUUUGUAAGACAAUUGUUUAAUUAAAUUAAUAAUACUUAUAUAGAAAGAGCAGAAUAAGGAUUAUAUGAUUAAAUCUUUUCUAUUAUAUAAUUAAAUAUUUUUCUCUAGUUUCCUCAUUCUGGGGAAUAUUAAUUCUCUAUAACAAGAAUUUCAUUCGCUUAUCACAAGCGGUAAAACUCGUCAUUGAUUGGAAUUUUUUAAUUGUUAUUACAAGUUUAAAUUUUUACAUGCAACGACAUAAAUAAAUAUAUAAGAUGAUAUAUUCAAAAAGAUUCAAAUUCAGAUUUCCAAAUUAAAAUUCGUUAUAGAGGAUUAAAAUAGCGACAGUUACCGAACCACCCUGUACAUACACACUUUAAUAACUCAACUUUCUAUGUACAUGUAUGUAGAAUGUAAAUUUAUUUAUAUAUGCGUAUAUAGAAAGUAAAGAAUUCUUUAGUAUGAUUUUGUAUGUCGUAAUGAUCAUAGAGAGAUAAUAGAGAAUGAUAAUGAGAAUCAGAUUUGUCGAACAAAAUAAAUAUCAUAUGCGCAUGUUUUUCAAUUGGAACGAAACGUCAUGCGCAAUAAAAUAAUAAUUUACUGCUUAAUACGUUCACUGCUGAUCAGAUUUGAACUACUAAUGCUGUAUGCGGCAAUAAAUUAUUUUUAUACAAAAUAUAUUUCUGUACCAACAUUGCAAGCGGACAAAACGACAAGUCAUAUUUCUACUUUUUAGAGAAGAGAAAUAUUGUAAAAUUCAAUUUUACUGAAAUUGAAUGUUACUAAAACUAAAUUUUUAUUAUUAUUAUUUUAUUAUCUAACGUGGCAUCCUCUUAAACGUGCCAAAGUUAUCAAUUGUCAGAAUAUUAAGCAUUAAUUACUUAUUUCUGAAAGAUUUUAAAAAAUCUUUAACAUUAAACAGUCGUUUCUUUCUUAACAAUAUUAUAUUAAAAUAUCUUUUUAUUCAUCAAGUGAUUCAGAAAUUUGAGUCAGAAUAUUGACAAGAAUUUAUAAUUAACUUCUAUCAAUUUCCACGAUUCUAGAUAUACGUUACCAGUAAUUUAUCGACUAUUUUAAAAAUUUUUCAUACUUUUUUACUGAAAUUAUAUUCUUUUUUAAAAAAUAUGGGAUUAUAUUCUUUUUUAAAAAAUAUUUUUAAAAAUUAUCUAGAAAAGGUUACUCCUCACCGAUUUCAAUGAAUUUCAAAUAUGUCGUCAAGGUCAACAUUCUGAACAACUUUUUCUUAUAUACAGGGUGAGUUAAUAAGAAUGUCCAUCUGAAACAACUCGUUUCCUCUUGGUUUUAUAAAAAAAAAAAAUGUUUGAAGUAAAAUUUAUUAUGUUAUUAUAUUUUUAAAAUAUAUAGGUUAGUACUUUUUUUGUAGAGAACUGCACCAAUUAAUAGAUGUAUAAAUGUAUUAAAUAUCUUUGAAAAAUUUAA